AUGGUUGAAAUCUUGACAAGACUACCUCCAAAAUCCCUCCUCCGAAUUAGAUCAUUCUCCAAAUCAUUACGUUCCUGUAUCGAUAGCCCCGAUUUCAUCCGCAAACACACUUCUCGAUCCCCACAAAGACUCUUCAUGACACACAUAGUUCAAUAUAAACAUGUAGAAGAAUAUGGAGAUGGCGUCUUUUUUACGUUUCAUGCAGAAGACCAAUUGCCAUUGCCAUUGCCAUUGUGUGGAGGAGGAUAUGUUGGUAUAACACCAGUCCAGUUUCCACACAGAAAGGCCACUCCUCUUGGUUCAUGUAAUGGGCUUCUUCUUCUGUUUGGUUGUCUAAAUGGUGUAAUUAGUCUAUGGAACCCUUCAAUUAAGCGCCAACUAACACUGCCUGAUUGUCCUCGGAGAUGCAUUUAUGGGCUAGGGUUGGGACUUGGUUUCGACCCAAUCACUGAUGAUAACAAGGUUGUGAGUAUACCCAGAUAUGGAAAUAAAGGAAUUGUAGAAAGUGCAUUUGUUUACUCCAUGAAGACACGCGAUUGGCGUCCAAUUGCUUCCUCUAUGCCUUUGUAUUCUAAAGUGUUAUCAAGUGUGUGUUAUCUCAAUGGGGUAUUGCAUUGGGUGGUAGGACAUUGUUUUCCUGAUUCAGAAGACGUACAAUUUCAUUGUAUAAUGACAUUUGAUUUGAGCACUCAUGAAUUUGGCAUCAUUGAUUUGCCAAAACCUAGUUGGUUAACCCAACAGCUAGGAAUCAUUCAAGGUUCUCUAGUUGUGCUUUCUGGAAACGGAUCUGAUGUUGAUACUUGGAUUUGGGUGAGGAAUAGGAGAGAUGCAGAUGCAGAUGCUUCUUGGUCUCUGGUUUUUAAAUCGGAAACAAUCAAAGCUGAAGCAGGGGUAAGGAAAGCUUUGGAAGUGACCAACAAUGGUGAUUUGUUGCUUGACACUUUCUGGGAAGGGAUCCAAGUUUACACUCCUAAGACAGGGGAACUAUCAAGACUAAUGGACUUCAAUGAUACUUCUUCCUUAGUUGACAUGAAUAUGUAUGUUGAAACCCUUGAGUUGCUUCACAUGGGGACUGCUUGUGAGGACGUAAACCCUCUUUUCUUGCAGGCUACUUCUUUCAAAUGA